GCAGGAACGGUUGAACGAAAUCAGAGGCGAUUUGUUCGAUAUGGGAUUCGCCAAAGACAGCCUCGAAGAUGCCAACGAAAAGAUGCGCAGAGAGGUCGACAGCAAGCAGGAACAGAUAGAAACCAUCACUGCUCAACUUGCUAGCGUUUCGGCGGACUUGGACAGUACUAAGAACGAAUUAUCGGUCGCUUGUGAAACGAAAACACAAGUCCAGAACAAUCUUCGAGAAGCAGUCGAGGAAAUCAGCAAUCUUCAAGCUCAGCUCACCGAGAUCCAUGAACAACAGUCCACUACCAUCUGGUGCAAGAUUAAGCGUUGGAUUCGUGAGAAAGCUCCAUGUUUAUCUCGCGAUAGACGGAGAUAUGGAAGACAUGGAAUACGGGACAAAGAGGAAGAGGUUGCACUUGCUCCUGUAAAGCCGAUUAAUGUUGGAUGAAUGAUAUCUGUACAGCUUCUCUGCUACUCUAUCGACGUUGGGUAUCAGAUAUUUUGAUUACGCAGCCAAUAAUGUCAAUUCUGGAGGAUACAAUCAACCUGCAACAUGUGUUUUCUUUUGCAUAAGCCAUAAU